AUGGCAAACCAGAUCAGUCGGGGCGACGAAUUGUUGGCUUUUACAAGCUCUGCAUUGCAACGCAGUGUCGCUCUCCUUAAUACGGUCAAUAGAUAUAAGAACCCACCAAAAGCUGUACGCGAACUGAAAGAGGAACUUGAAGAACUUAAUGAAGUUCUUGAAAUAUUCAGCGACACAAUCAACACCAACGAUACUGCGGACUUCACUGAUCUUAUUAUCACCCUCCAGCGAUGUGGAAAUGCGUGCCGGGAGUUCGAAGAAUCAAUCAUAGACUAUUCUAAUAAAGUCUGUGACCGCAAAAUGAGCCUCCAAGACUGGGCAAAAUUAAGGUACAUCGGCGAAGAUAUUCAUGGAUUUCGUCACAUGGUAGCUGGUUACAAAUCAACUAUUAGGAUCGUUGUCACCCAUGUGAAUCUUCGAACGUAUUCUGUCACAGCGAAUGUCAUGGAGAAUUAUAAAGAAUUGAUCAAGAACGCGACUAGCGACCUUAAGGCAUAUUUAAAGCUCAUUGAUAAAAAACUCGAGGCAAUUGUCUCUGUGGAUGCGGAGAGCUUAUGCACCGACGUCAAAGAGAUAAAGUCGAUGAAAGAGGAACAACUUAGCUCCACAAGCCAGCGGGAAACAAGACAACGCGAUAGCCGCGUUAAGUCAUCAGCUUCAAUGCUCUGGAUGACCGACGAAAUGUUACAAGAUAUCAUUCGGUGCUCUAGCCAAGGUUGGCUGCGGGAGGCAGAGGCUUUAUCCCAAAAUCCGCACUUGGAACAACUCAACCAAUUUACUAACAAGGAAUUAUACGGUGACUCAGCGAAGAAUAAUGGAAGUUCCAGCAGCGAUUGGCAGGUGGAAGAAUCAAAACUUGAUGCCAUAAUGUUGGCAGAGAAAGCUACCGGCGUAGGCAACGCUUCAAUCCCUACUGAUCCAAUUCACGAAGUGGGUGACUGCCUGAGUGAUAUAUCGAAACCUCCAUCUGUCUUUUCCUUGGCGACAAUGCCAUCGACCACUUUCACCACUGACACUCGGCUUACUGCAGAUCAGAUACGUACAGCUAUUGACGAGCUUGUCUGCAUAUUUUUGGAAGAUGCAGAAAUUGAUUACUUGUUCAGAGAAGCAAUACUGAAACGAGACAUAGCUUCAGAUCGUCUAGACCGGAACUUCCGAAGGCUCAUGAAACGUUUUGCCACAAAUCUGAAGGACGAAGCACAAGAAGCAAUUGAUCUUGACCUCGCGAACCUCAUUCUAUCAAGGGUCACUCUAGUCGCCGAGAAAAUCGGCACUAAAUUUAGGCAGGAGUCUUCUGCGCUCGAAACUUUUCCUCAAGGCUCACCACAAAUGCAUGGGACCGUCGAAGUCGCAUUUGAUCUUGUACCAGAUAUCCACGAUGUCAGCAGUGGCGAAGAGAACGAUCAGGAGAAGCCUGGAAUCGAUGAUCGCUUUGCUAGGCUGGUGUCUCAUGGCCGCAGCUUUAUCGAAGAGAGUGCUGCUUUCCAGAAGCUGCGAGUGGAAUUCAAGAACUUCCUUAUGCCAACUGUCAAGCCUAUCCUCCUCGAUUUCAGUUUCAAUUCAAAGGAAUGGAUGAUAAGGUGCUUCUGGAGUCUAGAAAGUCUUUUAUCCCGCAUUGGGCCUCGAGAAGAAAGUGAUUCGCCAUAUCCAAUUUCUACCCGGCCUUCUGCUGUAUCACCGCCUCGAGAGAUCGUGCUCUUUUCCGAGCCUAUAGAUCGAAAUACGAAUAUCUAUACCCCAGAGCGACCUUCCUCGUGGCAUAUUUCUCGAUCCAUCGGAUGCCUGGGUUUGAGCUUCAACAUCAACCACUUGCUAUGGGCGGUAAGAAUAUCAUGGGAUCCUCAAAAGCUUUUCUCCAGCUUCGGCUUGCAAAAUUUAAAUCCCCUGCCACAGCAUCAGAUAGUAUUGCUAUGCCAACCAUGUCGUCAAAGUGAGCCUCAUUUUGAAAGUUCAACUCUUUUCACGUGGGAGUGCGCGGGAGUGGAAAGCAACGUCGAUAGAAGAAAGGUCAGGGGGAGAAUAUCCUGGGAUCCAGCGGAACUUCUACGCAGCCUCUACUUGCGAGAGCGGAAAGUACCAAAGCACCAUAAGAGGUUUAGGUGGACGAAUCGAUACGGUAAAAGGCUAUACGACGAUUACAUUGAACGUGAACCAGGUGCACUCCAAGCUCUCCAGGACUACUUGGCUGUGACCACCGUUCCCAAGAAGACAAUCACGCCUAGUGACCAUGGCCAGAGCUCCUCCCGUGCGGCCUCUCUCUACACACCUAAUGUUCAAUCCACACAAACUACAUCUCCAUUAACAACUGCUGAUAUCGCCGAUCAGUCUGUAACCAACUCUGGCAACUCUGAAAGUAGCACCGUACUCCAUGACAUUGAACAACCAACUAAACCUACUCGCCCACUACUCCUCCUCGCCUGCAUAAAACGCCACGGUCGACCCGUAAAACUCCACCAAGAGUUUGUCACGCACAUCGCCGACGACCGUCAACUCUUCCACACAUUACGCAAAAUAUAUUAUAACCACCGACAGAGGCUUGAAUCCUUCUGGUCCUUGAGGACAUUGCACAGUAUCCAUUUUAUGAGAACGUCCGCUGCCAUGGCGAAAUUUGCACCCCCAAUAAUCCCUGCGCCUGUAUCCCGCCCCUCGACCUUGUCCCACCCCUCGGCACAUCUUAUCAAUGUCAUCCUAUUCCCCCAAGGCAAUCUCCACCAGUCGGACCAGAAUUAA